AUGAUCAUCGUCUUGUUACUGCUGCUCCUGCCAUUUUCAGUCAGCAGCCAUGGCUGCCCACCUGAAAAAUGUGGCAGUUUUGACUCCAUACCCUACCCGUUUCAUCUACACAACACUUCUGAUUGUGGGGAGAAUUUACUUUCAGAUGCCUUCCAUCUUUCCUGCUCUAAUUCAACCUCCUUGUUCCUCACCAUUGGAUCAUACAGAUAUCAGGUUCUUCAUUUCUUUCCUGAUGGUGGUGGCAUACUAGUGGAUUUUCCUAACGAUACCUUUAGUUAUUCUUCUUUGUGUCGAAGGUAUUAUGAUCUUAGAUCGUUUGGGUUUCAGACGAAUGAUUACUUUGGUAUAUCGAGUGAUAACGUGGUUGGUUUGUAUGGGUGUGGGGAUUCUUCGUUGUGUAGGAGUGAUUGUGGUGGAUGCCAUGAUGAAAACACGACCACUACCUUCGCUAGUAGUGGAUGUUGUUACCUUCUUUCUGAUGAACGUGGUGGUGUUUGGCGUGUGGGUGAUGGUUUCUCUGUGUUUUUGGAGUUGGGAUGCAAGGGGUUUGCUUGUUGGAUUGGUUCGAGUUCAAAAAAUGAUGUUGUAAAACAUGGCAUUAAGUUAGAAUGGGCGAUUCCAAGCAAUUUGAUACAUGGAGUUUGUGAUGUUAAUGCUCGAAUUGUGAAUGUGAGCUCUGUUAAUUUGGGUAUGAGGUGCAAAUGCUUUGAUGGAUUUGUAGGUGAUGGAUAUGCUAAGGGAAUGGGUUGCUUGAAAGCUUGCCUUAAGGAUGGCCAGGAAGCAUAUGGCAAGGCUUGUUACGCAAAGCGACAUGAUCGGAGUAAACUCAUGCUUGUGGCUGGGAUUCUUGCAUUAUGCCUCUCAAUCGCCACAUUGGGCGCACUCUUUUGCUUGUUGAAAAGACAAACAAUAACAAAGUCAGGAAACCUUGAUCUCGAUCAAAUACGAAGCCAAAGCAGUGUUUCAUUUCACAAAGGGCGUAGAACUCGUUUGUUCACUCAUAGCGAGCUAGAAGAAGCUACCAAAGGAUUCUCAGAUGAUCAAAAACUCGUCAACAUGGGGGAACGAGGUACAAUCUACGCAGGCAUCCUUACAGAUGGACUCGAGGUAGCAGUCCACAAAGUACAUUGCACAACCGAAACGGAUCUCAUUCAAGUUCUAUCACGUGUCAAGAUUUUCUCAGAAGUUUCCCACAUGAACAUGGCGCGUAUCCUCGGAUGCUCCAUUGACUCCGGCUACACCCCACUUGUGGUAUACGAGUAUCCAGGAAACAAAACACUCGAACAACAUCUAUGUCAAGGAGGAGUAGAUGGAAACCUAGGUCUUGAUUGGCAUACUAGAUUAACAAUUGCAGCUCAACUAUCGAGUGUGCUCGCAUAUCUCCAAUCUGAAGUCUUCCCUCCUGUGUUCCACCAUGGUCUUCAAUCCGGUUGUGUUCUAUUAGACCAUGACCUCUCUGUAAAACUAGUAGGGUUUGAGUUAUUCAAUUGUGGAUCAAACGGGAGUACUCCUUUUUCUAGCAAAAACGAUGUUUAUGGACUCGGUGUUGUGCUUCUUGAGAUCAUGGUGGGUAGCAAGUCGGUGGAGUUAGCGGUUGGGAAGAUCAGAAAUGGGAAGGUGGAGGAGGUGGUGGAUCCACGGUUGUACUACCAUGAACAACCGGUGUAUAGAAAAGAGCAGAUGAGUAUCAUGGCGGAUGUUGCAACGAGGUGUUUGUUGUUUGGUGGAGAUGGGAGGUUGGGGAUGAAUGAUGUUGCAAGAGAGCUUGUGCAUGUGACAAAAGAGAGUAUUGAUAAUAUUGGAAGUAGAAGGAUUCCAGCUGGACUUGAAGAAACUUUUUCUAAUUCUAGUCUUCUACAAAUGAUAUCAUUGUCUCCUGAUUCCAUUUAUGUGCCAUAA